AUGAAGACAUUGGAACAGUGCUUCGGACGGCCAGAAGUGAUUAUUGAUCGUGCCUUGGACGAGUUAAGAAAGACGUCCAAGCCCGGCUCAACGGCGACGGAACUCAACAACUUCGCGAUCAAGAUUCAAAAUGUUAUAUGUGUGUUGCGGAGUAUGGAUCGCCGUGAGUACCUCUAUAAUCCACUUUUGACUCGUGAAGUGUUAGAAAAGUUGAGCCCGCACAUACGAUCACGAUGGUGUGAUUACGCCUAUGAAAAUGAAGGAACGGCUGACCCAGAGAUCGUCGUAUUGUCUCGCUUCCUUAUGCGAGAAGCGGACAGAGCGUUGAAAUAUACGUACGCUCCGUCUGCGGGAACGAGCAGCGCGGCGAAAAGAGAACUCAGACCGGCCAUCGCGAUCAAGAGAAAGGCGAGCAACGUAUACACACUUGAACAAGAAGAAAAACAAGAGUGUCCGGCAUGCAGCGAGGCGCAUGUGUUAACGCAGUGCCCUAAGUACAAAGCACUUAGCGUCGAACAGCGAUGGAACCUGAUCAAAGAAAAGAAGCUGUGUUUUAAGUGUGCGAACAGUACUCAUCGGCGCAUAACAUGCAAAGCCAAGCUGUGCGGUGUGGAACAGUGUCGUCGUCCGCAUCACUCAUCGCUGCAUCAAGCGGAAAAGAAACCGGAAAACACAGAGGUACGUGACAAGGAACAAGUAUUGUCAGUGACGCCGAAAACGAACGUCGGCGCACGCACCGUGCUUCUGAAGAUGUGCCCGGUCGUAGUCGCCGGUCCACGGGGGGAGGUGAGAACGCACGCUCUCCUCGACGAAGGUGCCACGGUGACAUUGAUGGAUGAAGAUCUCGCCGAGAAGAUAGGUGCAGACGGCCCUACACAAGCACUGCACCUAAGCGGCGUUAACAUGGCUCAAAAGGAAAAAGCCAGCAAGUUGGUGACGGUGCGAAUUAGAGGUGUGACAGAAGACGAGCCACACUCAAUACGAGCAAGAACAAUAAAGCACCUGAAACUGCACCAACAGACCAUUCCGGCAGUGCUUAUGAAGUUGAAGCAUUUAAGGGACCUGCCGGAAGAAUUGUGCUAUGAACGAGCGCGCCCAGGCAUCUUAUUGGGCGCGGAUCAUUGGGAGCACAUUGUGUCGCGAGAACUGCGAGUUGGCGGCCGCAACGAACCGGCUGCAUCAAGGACGCUACUCGGCUGGGUGGUGCACGGUACGUUACCACGUAGCGUCAUAACAAAGAAAGAAAACGUGCUUCAUAUAUACGAGCGGGAGCACGACGGACUGCAUAACCUCGUGGAAGAUCACUUCAAAAUAGAAGCGCUCGGCGUCACACCAGAACCGAGAGUGAGUGACGCAGAUCGACGAGCCAUCGCCACAUUGAAGACGUCUAUAAGGAAGAUAGACUGCGGGUACGAAGUCGGCUUGCCGUGGCGACAAGACAACACCGCCAUGCCGCCGAGCUACAACGCGGCACUUCGACGCCUGCGACAAAUCGAGCACAAGAUGGACGCCUCGCCUGAAUUUGCCCGCGAAUAUACUGCACAGGUGAAUAACCUUAUAGAAAAAGGAUACGCAGUGAGGUGCGACGGGUCAGAAUCAUCGAGCCCCGUCUGUUGGUACCUCCCUCACUUCGCGGUGCAGAACCCGAACAAGCCUGGCAAGCAGAGGUUGGUGUUCGACGCAGCGGCGACAAGUCACGGGGUGAGUCUGAACGACCACUUACUGGAAGGCCCUGACAUGUUGAUGUCUCUGCCCGGAAUAAUGUUUCGGUUCCGGGAGAGCGCUGUAGCAGUCACAGCGGACAUACAAGAAAUGUUCCUGCGAAUCAAGAUCCGUGCCGAAGAUCAGUCAGCGCAGCAAUUUCUGUGGCGCGGUAACGACCGAACCAACCCGCCGCAGCGAUUUAAGAUGACCAGCAUGAUCUUCGGUGCAGCGAGUUCACCAUUCAUGGCGCACUUCGUAAGGAAUCACAACGCCAACGUGCAUGCGCAGCUGUAUCCCAGAGCAGCGGAGGCCAUCACCAAAUAUCACUAUAUGGACGACUUGGUGGCCAGCUACGAUACACCCGGAGAAGCGCACGAAGCCAUAGAGGAAAUGAAGACGGUGCACGCGGCGGCGGGAUUCACUCUGCGCGGUUGGAACUCGAACGACGAGAGUGUGCUUCGCGACGUGCCCCAGAGUUGCGCUCGAAUCAGCCCACGCAACUGGGGAGAACAUCAACACAGCAAGAUAUUGGGACUGCGGUGGGACCCGGAGCGAGACGAGCUGGGAUUCAACACAGCAAUGAGCCGAGUCCCGAAAGAAGUAAAACGCAAGUGCGCACGCCCACCAAGAGAGAAGCCCUCAGUACAGUCAUGUCGAUCUACGAUCCACUGGGACUUCUCAGCGUGUACACCAUUCGCGCCAAGAUCAUCCUUCAGAACUUAUGGCGCUUAA